AGGGAGGAGUGAUCCAGAUAACACCUAUGUAAACAUUAACACUUUCUAAAACUCGGUGCGUGUUAAAUAGGCAACGUAACUCGUAAAAACACUUAAACAUCCGUUUUGAGGUGCCUUCAAUGUCCUACAUUUAACUUAGACAAAGAGAUCAUAUCCUGGCCCAUUGCAAUCAGAUGUUGUUAGGAACUGGGCCCCAUACAGAGCGGGAAGGGAACACACCAUGCGCUUGAGGAGCAGUCUACGGCCAGGCCAAGUCGCUUGGUCGCGCUACCCAAGCACCUGACCUAUACCUUACUGGUCAACUCAAGAACUGAACGGAGGCGCCGCGGGGGGAGAGAUGUCGACCAGGGGCUACUGGAGAAACCUUGCAGAAGCCUCGACUGGUCAGUUCUAAUCCCAAAGCCGGACAGGAACACUUCCUGAGGCACAACAGGGCCACCAUGCUUCAGACUAGCAACUACACCCUGGUGCUGUUGAUUCAACUGAGCCUGCUGGCCUAUGACCUCUUCGUCAACUCCUUCAGCGAACUCCUUCGUGGAGCGCCUGUCAAUCAGCUGGUGCUCUUCACCAUUCAGGAUAUUGCCAUCCUGUUCAACGUGAUCAUCGUUCUCCUGCUGAUGUUCAACACCUACGUGUUCCAGGUUGGCCUGGUCUCCCUGCUGCUGCAGCGCUUCAGGGCUCUGCUGGGGGUCUCCGCCCUCUACCUGACUCUCAGCAUCUGCCUCCACUGCUGGCUCAUGACCCUUCGAUGGAUCGACUCAAACAGUUUUGUUUGGACCAACGGCCUUCAAGCGCUGUUUGUUUUCCAGAGGACAGCUGCUGUGCUGUAUUAUUACCUCUACAAGCGUACAGCAGAGUUCCUGGGAGACCCCAGACUCUAUGAAGACUCUACGUGGCUGCGUGAGGCCUUCGCUAAAGCCCGUCAGUGAAGGAAGCGUACUGCCCUAUAGUUGCCUUGAGACAUGUUUACAGUGUACAUGUUUGAUUCCAUUUUUUAUUUCAGAUUUUCUAUUUUUGUGUUAGCCAAAUAAAUGUUUUAGUAAUUAUAUUGUAUCCCU